UCCACUCCUUUUAAUUAUUUCUUAUUCUCAGAUCAGUUGCUGCAAUGGGAAAGAAGAAGCCAGAGGAGCAUGGUGCAACCACCAAAACUAAGGUGGGUAGCAAAGACAUUCCAAAAGAUGGGAAGAAAGAAAAGCUUUCUGUCUCAGCGAUGCUUGCCAGUAUGGACCAGAAACCUGAUAAGCCUAAAAAGGGUUCUUCCUCUUCCUUAACUUCUACUACAAGUAAACCUAAAACAAAAGUCGCACCAAAAGUUUCAUCUUACACUGAUGACAUUGAUCUCCCUCCCUCCGAUGAUGAGGAUGAUGAUUAUGCCUCUCAAGAAGAGCAGACUGAUGGCCAGAAGCUAUCCAAUCGACAGCAGAGGAGUGAAUCAAAGUUACUUGAAAUAUCCAUAAGUGAGAAAGAAAUGAAAAAAAGAGAAAAGAAGGACUUGUUUGCUGCCCAUGCAGCAGAGCAGGCAAAACAGGAGGCCCUUAAGGAUGAUCAUGAUGCUUUUACUGUUGUUAUCGGUAGCCGAAGUUCAGUUCUUGAUGGGGGUGAUGAAGCUGAUGCCAAUGUCAAAGAUGUAACUAUAGAUAAUUUCUCUGUAUCUGCUCGGGGAAAAGAACUCCUAAAGAAUACAUCUGUAAAGAUAUCUCAUGGAAAAAGGUAUGGUUUGGUUGGGCCCAAUGGAAUGGGCAAGUCUACAUUACUAAAGCUCCUUGCUUGGAGGAAGAUCCCUGUUCCUAAGAAUAUUGAUGUUCUUUUGGUUGAACAAGAGGUGGUUGGUGAUGAUAGAAGUGCUCUUGAAGCAGUUGUUUCAGCUAACGAAGAGCUGGUCAAGCUCCGAAAUGAGGUUGCAUUGUUGCAGAAUUCAUCUUCUGUUCUUGAGGGUGAGAAUGAUGAUGACGGUGGCAAUGGUGAUGAUGCAGGAGAGAAGCUCGCUGAGUUGUAUGAGAAGUUGCAGAUCUUGGGUUCAGAUGCAGCUGAGGCCCAGGCAUCAAAGAUUCUUGCUGGGUUGGGUUUCACCAAAGAAAUGCAGGUUCGUCCAACUCGUUCAUUCAGUGGUGGCUGGAGGAUGAGAAUAUCACUGGCUAGGGCUCUUUUCGUGCAACCAACACUUCUGUUAUUGGAUGAACCCACAAAUCAUCUCGACCUUAGGGCUGUUCUCUGGUUAGAGGAGUACUUGUGUCGGUGGAAGAAAACUCUUGUUGUUGUCUCGCAUGACCGGGAUUUCCUUAACACUGUCUGCAAUGAAAUCAUUCAUCUCCAUGAUCUUAAGCUUCACUCAUACCGUGGAAACUUUGAUGAGUUUGAAAGCGGGUAUGAGCAGCGUCGCAAAGAGAUGAACAAGCGGUAUGAAACUUACGAGAAGCAAAUUAAAGCAGCCAAGAGGUCAGGGAGUCGUGCUCAGCAGGAGAAGGUGAAGGACCGUGCUAAGCUCAAUGCUGCAAAAGAAGCAUCAAAGAACAAGGCGAAGGGAAAAGUUGAUGAGGAUGAGCCUCUUCCGGAGGCCCCAAAGAAGUGGAGAGAUUACAGCGUGGAGUUCCACUUCCCUGAACCCACUGAGCUUACACCCCCACUCAUGCAGCUAAUUGAAGUCAGCUUCAGUUACCCGAAUCGAGUGGAUUUCAGGCUCUCAAAUGUUGAUGUGGGUAUUGAUAUGGGAACACGUGUUGCUAUUGUUGGCCCUAAUGGAGCAGGAAAAUCUACUCUACUGAAUCUUCUCGCUGGUGAUUUGGUUCCAACUGAGGGUGAAGUGCGGAGGAGUCAGAAGUUGAGAAUUGGGAGGUAUUCACAGCACUUUGUGGACCUACUGACAAUGGAGGAAACUCCAGUUCAGUAUCUUCUUCGUCUUCAUCCAGAUCAAGACGGACUCAGUAAGCAGGAGGCUGUUCGUGCCAAGCUUGGAAAAUUUGGGCUACCCAGCCAUAAUCACCUCACUCCAAUUGCAAAAUUAUCUGGAGGGCAAAAAUCACGGGUUGUAUUCACUUCAAUUUCUAUGUCAAAGCCACAUAUAUUGUUGUUGGAUGAGCCCACAAAUCAUUUAGACAUGCAGAGCAUUGAUGCGCUGGCCGAUGCACUGGAUGAGUUUACGGGUGGAGUUGUCCUGGUCAGUCAUGACUCUAGGCUCAUAGCACGUGUUUGUGAGGAUGAAGAGAAGAGUGAAAUAUGGGUUGUGGAAAAUGGAACUGUGAGAACUUUCCCUGGAACAUUUGAGGAGUACAAGGAGGAGUUGCAAAGGGAGAUCAAAGCAGAGGUCGACGAUUGAUUUUGAAGCUAUGGCAUAAGUAUCGAUAUUGCAAAUCAUAUAAGGCGCUUUCCCUCCUCUGUGUUAUUCAAUUUUAAAAGUGCAAUAAAACAGAUGCAUCGUUGUUUUAUAACUCUUUUUGAUUGCAUUUCCUGUACUGCGGAUGUGAAGAAAUUACAAAACUGAUUAAUAAGAUAGAUGUUUAUCCCGAUCUUUUUACCUGUA